ACCCCCCCUCUCUCUCGCUCUCGCUCUCUCUCUCUCUCUCGCUCGCUCUGUGUGUGCACUUUAAACUCUUCUCCUGGGCAAAUAUUUGCCUGAUCCCAAACCGCUUUAAAGCCAGUGACUCUGAAGUUAGUGGUCUCUGCUUUGGAUGAAUCAAAAUGUCCAGAAGUUACAGACUACUGGUGAAGAACGCCCAACAGGUGGUUCUGAUCUGCAACAACGGAGAGAAGUUCAUCACCAAACAUGGGAUGCAAAAUCUGUGUGUGAUUGAAAACGGCAGCGUAGUGAUAGGGAGUGAUGGGUUGAUUGAAGCUGUGGGGCCGGCAGAAAUCAUCAGCGCACAGUAUUCAGAAUCGUCCUUUGAUAAAGUGAUCGAUGCUGCAGGAAUGUGUGUCCUGCCUGGGUUGGUUGACGCCCACACCCAUCCAGUCUGGGCAGGUGACAGGGUGCAUGAAUUUGCAAUGAAGCUGGCCGGUGCCUCCUACAUGGACGUGCACCGGGCCGGUGGAGGGAUCCACUUCACCGUGGAGCACACUCGAGCUGCCGGGUCCUCGGAGCUGCUGGCCUCCCUCAGCGGCAGGCUGGUCCGGAUGCAGCGAGCUGGUACGACCCUGGUGGAGUGUAAGAGCGGAUACGGCCUGGAGCUGCAGACCGAGCUCAAGAUGCUGGAGGUGAUCGAGGAGGCCGGACGCACGCUGCCCAUCAACAUCUCCUCAACCUACUGCGGAGCCCACGCAGUGCCCAAAGGGAAAACAGUUGCAGAAGCCACGGAGGACAUCCUGCAGGUUCAGCUGCCGAAGCUGAAAGAGCAGAUGUCUGCCGGGACUCUGAGAGUCGACAACAUCGACGUGUUCUGUGAGCGAGGAGUGUUUGACCUCAGCUCUACUCGCUCCAUCCUGCAGGCCGGCAAAGACAUGGGCCUCAACAUCAACUUCCACGGAGAUGAGCUUCAUCCCAUGAACUCUGCUCAGUUGGGUGCAGAGCUCGGAGCCUCAGCCAUCAGUCACCUGGAGGAGGUCACCGAUGAGGGCAUCGCUGCCAUGGCCGCAGCAAGAACCGCCGCCGUCCUUCUACCAACCACAGCGUACAUCCUACGGCUGCCUCAGCCUCGGGCCAGAGACAUGUUGGAAGCUGGAGUUAUUGUCGCCCUCGGCAGCGACUUCAACCCCAACGCCUACUGCUGCUCCAUGCCGAUCGUCAUGCACCUGGCCUGUGUGAACAUGAAGAUGUCCAUGCCUGAGGCGCUGGCUGCGGCCACCAUCAACGCCGCCUACGCCCUGCGGCGCUCCGACACACACGGCUCCCUGGAGGUCAACAAACACGGAGACCUGCUGGUCCUCAACACCACACGAUGGGAGCAUCUGAUCUACCAGCUGGGAGGACAUCAGGAGCUGAUUCGCUACGUCGUCAUCAAAGGAAACGUCGUCGUUGAUAAUAACAAAACUAUGGGUCUGUAACCAGAGGAGCGUUAGUGAAGGUGUUAUCAAUAAUUCUGAUAGACAGCUUCAAGAUUUUAAGGCAAUACUUUAAUAUUUGUGGACACCGGUAGACUAGCUGUCCAAUUCCUAGAGUCUCCACUGGUUUCCUGGUCUGAGAUCCACUGGGAUCAUUUUAGGAAGACAUACCGUAAUUCCCAAAAAACAGUUCCUUUAAAUUCUGUUGUCUGUUGUUAAAGAAUGUGACUGAAGACAAUUAAUCAAUUACUAUCUUAACAGUGUGAACAACUCCUCUAGAAACCAAUGUUUUAGAUAAAUGUCCUGUUAACUUUUGAUUAAAACCUGCCUCUAUUCAUCUCUGUUUCUGUAAUUUAUAGCAAAUCAUGCCUUUAAUAAGUUAGUUUAUCAGUGACUACAGCAAAGAGAGGAAUUUCAUUAUCGCCUCAGAGACAGGUAAAAUAUUUGGUAGCUCAAUUGAUCAAACAGAUUAUUGAUUGACAUGAUAAUGUGUGAAAUGACCUGGAGCUCACCCGCCUUCUAUCUGUAUAAUCAAA